GUUAUAUAUUUUCGUUUACAAACAAGCCUACAGAGAAUAAUUUGACAGCUCAACCUGGAAAAGGAAAGGGUGGUGUAUACCUAUAUUAUAUGUCGUCUAUAUAUUGAAUAUAUAUAUUGAAAAUUACUCGAGCGACAUCUGGUCGUUUUAGUUCAGGUCUCACAAUAAAUAAUAAAAAGACGAAAUGACUGUUGGUGGAAAAAUAUUGAUAACAUCAAAACGUGCAGCAUGUGAAUUUAAUAUUUUGAGAAAACCAAUUAAAGGAUGUUAUUGCGUUAAUAGUAAUCGCAGUCAAUUAAAAUUAAAAUCGAUUAACACAACUGUCGAUAACCAUCUUUGGCCAUGUGAUUAUUGCAAGAGUAAUUUUAAUGUAAAAUUAAGUGAUUUUUCGAUUAUUAAUGACAGAAAAAUUAAUCCACCAUCACCAACAGAAUCAACAUUUACCUCUGAUAUAUUUAAAAAAGUUUAUGAAAAAUCAAAUUAUACUCCAAGAUCGGAAUUUCUUCGCAAUGUUAAAAAUAAAUUGUUGCCUAAAAAUUAUAAGUACACUGAGAAAUCAAAGUCCCAAAUGUCUUUAUCAACUGAUAGACAAAAAUCUUCUAAAAAAUCACACACUGAAGAUGAUUAUUUGACUGAUGAGUCCGGAAAUUCUCAAAUAUUUGACUCAAAAACUACUAAAUCAGCGGAAAAUAAUAGUUCUACUCCAAAAAUAAAAACUAUCUUUACAUCUACAAUACCAUCAUACAGAAAAUCAUCAAUUGAUAAACUGAAAUCGAAAAAAACACUUCGUUCGUUAUCAAAAUUAAAUUCUAGACAACAAGAUGAACAAUUGAUCACUAAACCGACUUUAUUAGAUAGCAAUAAUAAAACACCUAGAAUUAUUGUACAAAAUAAUUGCGAUUAUGACAGUUGUUUCAUAAAUGAAAGAGGUAGAAAUUUGAAUAGCCGUAAACAAACAUGUUCUAAAUGCGGUGGAAAACAAUCAUCACUGCUGUUUAUUAAUAACAAAAAUGAUCUAGAGGAAAAGGAGACGUUUAAACUGGAUAAGUUUCGUAAAAUAAACUAUUUUGAUACUCAUGGUUCUAGUCAUACUCUGCUGUCAAUCGACUCACCAGUAGAAUUAGUUGAUCAGUAUAAACUCAAUGAUCGACUUUUUCUUGAACCAGUUGAUAAAAUAAAUCCUCAUGAUCUAGUGGUGUCAUUGCCAAUUAUUAAGAAAAAAAAUUUCCAACAAAUAGCUCACUAUUUUCCUCGGAAUAUUAUUGUAGAUCAAUAUUGUAAAGACAAUAUUGAUACUAUCAAUAAAGAAAAACAAUAUACCCACAAAAAGAGCCCACUCACUGACGCAAAUUCUCAUCUCAUUGAGUUAAAUAAUUUAAUUUCUGUUAAUAAAAAGCAAUCACUAUCUCUUAUUACUAAUAAUAAUAGUCUUGCAUUGAAAUUUCAGAAAAAAAAAAUUUUAUAGUAUAGACAUAUGUUUAUGAGUGAUUCAAUAAUCGUGUUCUUGACAUUGAACAACAUAUAUGUACAUGUAAUUAAAUUUUAUAAUACCCGUUUGACCAUGUAAAACUCGUUUUCAUCUUAAAUAUAUAUAUAUAUUUUUAAGGUAUUGACCUCAUUUUAAGUGUAACGUAAAUUUUCAGUUAUUGUUAUUAUUAUUAUUAGAUAUAGAAUUCAACACAAUUAAAUCAAAGUCAUACUUUUCUUCGUACUAAAUAAUAGCCAGUGUAUUUAUAUA